UACUAAUUAAUCAUUCUGUUUCAUUUCCAAAGACUCUCAUCCUAAAAUAGUCGCCGUCAGUGGAAAAAAACAUCCACUCGGAAACACAUACAAAAAUUACAAAAAUGUGAAAUUCCAACGUCCCAUGAUAUCUGAUUAUCUUCUUCAUAUAUUUCCUUUUUUUUCUUUGAUUAAAUUAUCUGGUCUGACCUUCUAAUCUUUAUCCACACGCGCCGCUGCCUCCUCAUUGCCUCUCCACGCGCCGUCACCCACCCACACUUCUCUGCUACCUUAUCUUCAGUUUCUAUUUUCAGUUUUCUAAAAAGGUGAAAAGGGGGGAUCUGCGGUAAAGAAGAAGGGAAAAAGAAGAAAAAGCAAAGGUGAGGAGGAAGAACCCAAAGGGAAAGUAGGGACUUUAACUCACCUUUAGCAUGAUUUCAAUCCAAUGCUCGAGCUGAGACCUAAAAUCAAAUGGGUGGAGUGACGUCAUCCAUUGCCUCUAAGUUUGCCUUCUUCCCACCGAAUCCUCCGUCGUACACGGUGGUCCCCGACGAAUCCGGCGCCGGGAAACUCCACAUACCGGAGGUUCCGGCGAGGGAUGCAGUGGAUGUCCUGAAGUUGCGAACCCGAAAGGGGAACGAGAUCGUGGCCGUCCAUGUGAAGCAUCCAAAGGCGUCAGCUACCAUGCUCUACUCUCACGGUAAUGCCGCCGAUUUGGGGCAGAUGUUCGAACUCUUUGUUGAGUUGAGCCUCCGGCUUCGUAUCAAUCUAAUUGGGUAUGAUUACUCUGGAUAUGGACGAUCAACCGGAAAGCCUAGUGAAUGCAAUACAUAUGCCGAUAUCAACGCGGUUUAUAAAUGCUUGAAAGAACAAUAUGGUGUCAAAGAUGAACAGCUGAUCUUGUAUGGUCAGUCUGUGGGCAGUGGCCCCACUAUUGAUCUUGCAUCGCGUGUGCAGAACUUGAGAGGUGUCGUCUUGCACAGUCCGAUAUUAUCUGGGCUCCGAGUUUUGUACCCUGUUAAGAAGACGUAUUGGUUUGACAUUUACAAGAAUGUUGACAAAAUCAGUAUGGUGAAGUGUCCAGUUCUUGUCAUUCAUGGCACAUCAGAUGAAGUUGUGGAUUGUUCCCAUGGGAAGCAGCUAUGGGAGUUAUGUAAGGAAAAGUAUGAACCUAUAUGGAUAAAUGGAGGAGGCCACUGCAAUCUUGAACUUUAUACAGAGUACAUCAAGCACCUAAAGAAGUUUGUUCUGAGUCUAGGGAAAUCAAAGCCAACUCCAAAUGGAUCUGCUCAAAAGCCACCCGAAUCAUCCGAAUCUGAAAACCAGACCAAAUCAGCUGAAAAUGGUCCUCCUCCUCUUCCUCCUACAGCUGCAGAUAGGUUUGAUUUGUGCUCCGAUGUUCCAGAAAUUUCUAGAAACAGUUUGGAUAGCCGACUUGAGAAAUCGAAGAAGUCUAAUAAAGCUGAAAAAUCGCGGAUGAGCACGGACCGUGUGGACAGAUUUAGGAGAAGAAAAGGCUUAGUGUGGUGAGUGGUUUUGCUGCUGAGAAGAGGCAAGUCUCUAUUUUAUUUUAUUUUCAAUGCCCCUUGCUGAUGAGAUAUGCGAUGUUCAUUAUGGAAAGUAAAGCUGAAAUGGAAAAUAAGAUGCCUGCUUUCCCUUUUCAUGUAAAAAUGACAGUUUAUUGUACAAGAAAUGUCAUUCAGGGUUUGUUUGCAAAUGCUUGUGCUUAAAUAAAAUCACUUUUUGGGAAAAAGUGGUUAGUAGUAAAAGUUGGUAGUGUUUGGUAAAAUAAGUGCUUUUUGUGUAAUAGAAAAAGUAAAAAGUGGAUUCUACACGAAAACCGAGAAAGUAAAAGUUGGUAAUGUUUGGAAAAAUAAGUGCUUUUUUCUUAGAAAAAAGCCACAAUCACUUAUUUUAAGUGAUUGCAAACAGAGCCUCAGUAGCUCUCUGUCUUGUCUUUUUCUUUUGCAUGUACACCUAAAUGUGCCUUUUCUUUCUUAUGUACAAGCCUGUUGGUUUCAAA